AUGGCGGCGAGUCAGGGAGGUGGUGGUAACAGUGGGGGCGGCGGUUGUGGUGGAGGUGGAAGUAGCGGUGGCGGUGGCGCGGCCGGAGGGGGAGGUGGCGGAGCCGGAGUGGGAGGCGGCGGCGGCGGCGGGACCCUGGUGGUGCCCAUCCCGGUACCGACUCUUUUCGGUCAGCCGUUCCCUAACGGGCCGCAGUGGAACCCGGGGAGCCUACAGCCUCAACACACCGUGAGGAGCCUGGACCGGGCCCUGGAGGAGGCGGGCAACUCCGGCAUCCUGAGCCUCAGUGGUAGGAAACUCAGAGACUUCCCGGGCAGCGGCUACGACCUGACGGACACCACCCAAGCAGAUCUUUCAAGAAAUCGUUUUACAGAAAUUCCUUCUGAUGUCUGGUUAUUUGCACCUCUUGAAACGUUAAAUUUAUAUCAUAAUUGCAUCAAAACCAUUCCUGAAGCCAUUAAAAACCUACAGAUGUUAACAUACCUUAAUAUUAGUCGAAAUCUUUUAUCAACAUUGCCAAAAUACCUAUUUGAUCUUCCCCUUAAAGUUUUGGUCCUCAGUAAUAAUAAACUGGUAUCCAUUCCAGAAGAAAUCGGGAAGUUAAAAGAUUUAAUGGAAUUGGAUAUUAGCUGCAAUGAGAUUCAGGUUCUUCCCCAACAAAUGGGAAAAUUACAAUCACUUAGAGAGCUAAAUAUAAGAAGAAAUAAUCUUCAUGUAUUGCCAGAUGAAUUAGGAGAUCUUCCCUUAGUCAAGCUGGAUUUCUCUUGUAAUAAAGUGACCGAAAUUCCAGUUUGUUACAGGAAGCUGCAUCAUUUACAAGUAAUAAUUUUGGAUAACAAUCCAUUGCAAGUACCACCAGCGCAGAUAUGUUUAAAAGGUAAAGUACACAUAUUUAAAUACUUAAAUAUCCAAGCAUGUUGCAGAAUGGAUAAGAAACCAGAUUCUCUGGAUCUUCCAUCAUUGAGUAAAAGAAUGCCCUCCCAACCUCUCACAGACAGUAUGGAAGAUUUUUAUCCAAAUAAAAAUCAUGGCCCUGACUCUGGAAUUGGAAGUGAUAAUGGAGAGAAACGAUUGUCUACAACGGAACCAUCAGAUGACGACACAAUCAGCCUUCAUUCUCAAGUCUCAGAAUCAAAUAGAGAGCAGACAUCAAGAAAUGACAGUCACUCAGUAGGAAGUAAACCUGAUUCUCAGAAAGACCAGGAGGUGUAUGAUUUUACUGACCCCAACACAGAUGAUGUAGCAGUUCCUGAACAAGGAGAUGCACCUAUUGGAUCAUUUGUCGCUUUCCUUAAGGGAAAAGAAAAAGGCCCUGAGAAAUCUCAGAAAAAUGAAGAAUUGGGAGAUGAAAAAAGACUUGGGAAAGAGCAAUUACUUGCCGAGGAAGAAGAUGAUGGUUUGAAAGAAGUAACUGAUUUGAGGAAAAUAGCUGCUCAGUUAUUGCAGCAAGAGCAGAAGAACAGGAUUCUUAAUCAUUCAACUUCUGUCACAAGAAACAAGCCAAAACAAACUGUGGAAUGCGAAAAGAGUGUCUCAGCAGAUGAAGUUAAUUCACCAUUAUCACCCCUCACAUGGCAGCCCUUAGAAAGUCAAAAGGAUCAAAUAGAUGAGCAACAGUGGCCAGAAUCUCAGCCUAUAAUCUGGCAGAGUGAAGAAAGGAGGCGGAGCAAACAGAUUAGAAAAGAAUAUUUCAAGUAUAAAUCAUCAAGGAAGAGUUCAAGUGGCAAUGAAAACGAUGAGCAAGACAGUGAUAAUGCUAAUAUGUCACCACAAUCUCCAGUAUCAUCUGAGGAAUAUGAUAGAACUGAUGCUUUUUCACAUGGUCCCUUUGGCUUGAAGCCUAGAUCAGCUUUUAGCCGCUCAUCUCGUCAGGAAUAUGGGGCAGCAGAUCCAGGUUUUACAAUGAGAAGAAAGAUGGAGCAUCUACGGGAAGAAAGAGAGCAAAUACGACAACUUCGCAAUAAUCUCGAAUCCAGGUUAAAAGUAAUUUUGCCUGAUGACAUUGGAGCUGCACUGAUGGAUGGGGUUGUUCUUUGCCAUUUAGCCAAUCACAUAAGGCCACGCUCUGUAGCUAGUAUUCAUGUGCCAUCACCAGCAGUGCCUAAACUUAGCAUGGCAAAAUGUCGAAGAAAUGUAGAAAAUUUUCUUGAUGCUUGUAAAAAGUUGGGUGUCUCACAGGAAAGACUCUGUUUGCCUCAUCAUAUUUUGGAAGAAAGAGGUCUUGUGAAAGUUGGUGUCACAGUUCAGGCUCUUCUUGAAUUACCUACAACCAAGGCAUCUCAGCUUUCUACGGCUUGAUAUAACAUUUAAAAGUCAUUAGUGUCUAGUUUCAUUUGAAGUGAUUUCAAAUAUCUCAAAUUUAUGAAUAAGGUUGUCUAAUCAAAAAUAAUUUUAUUAGAUCAAGCCUUAGGUUUAAGAAAUAUUAUGUUAAAACAUUAAAAUUCAAUUUUGCAUUGCCCAAACUUCUUUUGGGGGAAAACUGGAUCAACUUAAUAAGAGUUUUUGAUAAAUUCAAAUUCUCUUUUUACUAAGUCAGCUGAUAACCUUGAUUAUUUUU